AUGAUCAAGACAAAAAAACAGUCUGAUGUUUUGAUGAAAUUUAUUUCAGGUAGGCUAAGUUCCAACUUAGUUGCUGCUGGUUUUGAGGUUUCAAAAGUUAUUGCCCAACAUGGAAAGCCACUCAGUGAUGGGGAGUAUAUUAAAGAAGCAUGGCUAGAAUGUGCUCCUUUCCUUUUUGAUAACCUUUCAGAAAAGGACAAGAUUAUUCAGCGCAUUAAAGAUUUGUCUGUGAGUAGAAAAACAGUUAAGGAUAGGAUACUUAAGAUGGAAAUGAAUACAACUGACCAAUUAACAAAGGAUUUAGCUUCAUGUAAGUUCUUUUCUAUUUGUGUUGAUGAAAGCACAGAUAUUACAUCAUCAGCUAGGCUAGCAAUUUUUUCUCGAUUUUGUAGGGAUGAUGAGGUAUGCGAAGAGAUGAUUAACCUUGUAACACUACCUGAGCGUACCACUGGGGCUGACAUAUGUAAAGCAGUUGUGAACGAAUUAUCUAUUCGACAAAUUGACAUUUCAAAAGUAGUAUCCGUCACAACAGAUGGUGCACCCAGUAUGAUUGGUAAGGAAGCAGGAUUUGUAAAUCUGUUUGCAAAACAUGUUGGUCAUCAGCUGAUAGGUUUUCAUUGCAUCAUACAUGAGGAGGCUUUAUGUGCUAAAGCUGGUCUAAGGGAACUUCAAGAAGUGAUGCAAACAGUCACCAAGGUUGUUAAUUAUAUUUCUGCACGUGCCUUAAAUAAAAGACAAUUUCGGAAUUUAUUGAAUGAGGUGGAUUCGGUGUACAAAGGACUAACAAUGUACAACAAUGUUCGUUGGCUUAGUCGAGGAUUUGUUUUGAAACGAUUUGUUGAAUGCAUGGAUGAGAUAAAUCUCUUUCUGAUUAACCAACAAAUGUCUUAUAAAGAAAUGUCUGACAUCGUGUGA